UGGCAAAUUUGCUCAGAUUCUGAAGCGAGUGCUGGUUUUCUUCCGCGGAGGAGCGGGCUUUGAAUAUGGGGAUUGCUGAGCCUCUGGUGGGGCUCUUAUUUCUGUCUAAAAGAAUCUACUUGAUGACCCUGUUGGCUUUUCUUAUAUUGCUUCAUAUCUGUAGAAUGGACGCAGCUCUUGAUUCUAAGCCAAAUAUUAUUCUGAUGCUGGCUGAUGAUCUUGGAAUUGGAGAUAUAGGCUGUUAUGGUAACAUUACUAUCAAGACCCCUAACAUUGACCAAUUAGCUAAGGAAGGCGUGAAAUUUACUCAGCAUAUUGCAGCAGCCUCAGUUUGUACCCCAAGUAGAGCGGCUUUUCUGACUGGCAGAUACCCCAUCAGAUCAGGCAUGGCUUCAAGAAAUACCUAUCGAGCUUUGCAGUGGAAUGCUGGCUCAGGAGGACUUCCGGUCAAUGAGACAACUUUUGCCAAGAUGCUACAACAGCAAGGCUAUGCCACAGGCCUUAUAGGGAAAUGGCAUCAAGGUGUAAACUGUGAUACUAUCAAUGAUUAUUGCCACCAUCCUUUGAAUCAUGGCUUUGAUUAUUUUUAUGGCAUGCCCUUCACACUUUUCAACAAUUGUCAGGAUAACAAACCUCCACAACUGGAUAGAGCCUUUCAAGCUAAACUAUGGUUCUAUACUCAAGUCAUUACUUUUGCAGUACUCACAUUUCUUAUUGGAAAAAUUACUGGGUUGGUGUCCAUUCCUUGGAAAGUGGUCAUCUUCCUUGCUUUGUUUAAUUUCCUGUUUUUUGCUUCAUGGUACUCCUGCUAUGGCUUUGUGAAAUACUGGAACUGUAUCUUGAUGCGCAACUAUAACAUCACUGAACAACCUAUGAAACUGGGAAGAACAACUUUUAUUUUACUAAAUGAAGCACUUUCUUUUAUUCAAAGCAAGAAACACAAGCCCUUUCUCCUGUUUGUUUCAUUUCUGCAUGUCCAUACACCUCUGUUUACAACUGAAAAAUUUGUGGGAAAGAGCAAACAUGGAAUGUAUGGAGACUAUGUAGAAGAAUUGGACUGGUUAGUAGGUCAGAUUCUUAAUGCUAUUGACAAGGAAGGCUUGCGAAAUAGCACCUUUGUCUAUUUUGCUUCAGACCAUGGAGGCCACUUAGAAGAUCAAGAUGGAACAAUACAGGUUGGGGGUUGGAACGGCAUCUAUAAAGGGGGCAAAGGCAUGGGAGGCUGGGAAGGAGGUAUCCGUGUUCCGGGCAUAGUUCGAUGGCCAGGAAUGUUGCCGGCAAAUAUUGUUCUUGAUGAACCAACAAGCCUCAUGGAUAUUUUUCCCACAGUGAUUCAUUUGGCUGGAAAAGAUGUGCCCCAAGACAGAAUAAUUGAUGGAAGAAAUCUUCUACCUUUAUUGCAACAAAAAAUCAAACACUCGGAACAUGAAUUCCUGUUUCAUUACUGUGGAAGUUAUUUACAUGCAGUGCGGUGGCAUCAAAAAGACAGUGGUGCUUUAUGGAAGGCUCAUUAUGUGACACCAAUAUUUUCCACUGAAGAUGCAGGUGGUUGUUAUGGAAAAGGACUCUGUCCAUGUUCUGGAGAAGGUGUCAUCCAUCACGUUCCUCCUUUGCUCUUUGAUCUCUCAAGAGAUCCAUCAGAAGCCAUGCCUUUAUCAGAGACCACUGAACCACUCUUUCAGGAAAUUCUUAAGAAAAUAGAUGAAGCUGUGGACAAGCAUCGCAGAACUCUUACUCCUGUCCCACAACAGCUCUCUUACUACAACAUCAUUUGGAAACCAUGGCUCCAGCCAUGCUGUGGGACAUUUCCAUUCUGUUGGUGUGACAAGGAAGAUGCUAACAUCCAUUCAAAUUAAUAUAAACUAC